AGCGGCAAUGGAUCUGUCAAAAUUCCAGUUAAAAUUUUGAAUGCAUUUUUACAAAAUUAAUAGGAAAUUAUCAAAAUACUAAAUAACCAGUACAAUGUAAAAUUAAUUGUGAUCUCGACCAACUCCGGCGAAAAAUUUUAUCCGGUAAACUCCACCAUGGAUCUCGAGGAGCAAAUGCCGCAAUCAUCAAAGGUACCUGAUGAUUUACCCAAAGUGCACACAAAAUGUAACAGCAACCGUCCACACACCAGUCCACAUGUAUCACCAGAAACGAAAGAUCCAUCCACAUCAGGCCUUCAAACCACAGCAACAGACACUAUGAAAAAAAAUGACGAAGACGAUGGCAAGGACAAUAAUUCGGAGGGUUCUCUCUCCGACUGGGUGUCUGGAGGGCCAAUGGGCACCAAGAACGCCGUUCUCGUCUUUCGAUCCUGCGUGCUCGCUUCCCGCACACCUUCCAUGGAGUCGACAACGAAGACUGUCGGCAACAACACAGGAACUACCAUACUGCUGAACAAAGCUAAGAAUAUGGCGAGAAGAUUGGUCGCCGAGCCUCAUUCAUUCAGCGUUCGCCCGAAGAACAUAAUGCACGAUGUCAUGGAGACGUUUGGGAAUACUGCCAAGUAUCAAGGCCAGGCUUACGUGGUGCGACACGUGAGCGAUGCAGAUGUUCCGGAGACGAUCUCUUUGGAGGAACAGGGUCACGAGAGAGCGGAGCAUAAGCGAGACAUUGAAGACGUCCUCAACGACCUGAGUAAAAUUACCCUGAAGAAACAUCUGAAUGUAGAAAAUACCACCGCUAAUAUUAAACCCCCUGAGGAUCCACCACCGCAGUCAGUGAAAGAAACCAAAGAUGAUAAGAAAUCCAAAAAGAACAAAGGCAAAAGCAAACGGAAGCAUCCCAACAUCCAGCGCACCGUGGCUCCGGGGCUGGACAGUGACGACUCCGAGCACUCGCUCGUCAAAGAAGUUGAUAGUAUUAAGGUAUUAGAGAGCAUACAUAUGCCAGCAAGAAUCCUGAAGAUAACAUACAAACUCGUGAACACAGAGACAAAGCUCCUCCAUCGGCUGCUACAAGCACACGGUCUGCUGGAAACCACCGCAGAAUCCAAAGACUUCAAUCUCAUGUGGUCCGGCCUCCAUCCGAAGCCUGAUGUGCUAAGAGCUCUUUCUCCAUACCAGAGGGUGAAUCAUUUCCCCAGAUCAUAUGAACUAACACGCAAAGACAAGCUGUUCAAGAACAUUGAGAAGAUGCAAUACUUCCGCGGUCUCAAGCACUUCGACUUCAUCCCGACCACAUUCCUGAUGCCGGCGGAGUACAAAGAUCUGUGCACCACGCACUAUAGGACCAAGGGGCCUUGGAUCGUGAAACCGGCCGCUUCCAGUCGUGGUCGCGGUAUCUAUAUUGUUAAUACUCCAGAACAGAUCCCAAAAGGCGAGAGCGUGGUGGUAGCGAAGUACAUCGACAAGCCGUUGCUGAUCGGCGGUCACAAGUGCGACCUGCGGCUUUACGUGUGUGUGACGUCAAUCGACCCGCUGCUCAUCUACCUGUACGAGGAGGGGCUGGUUCGGUUCGCGACCGUCAAAUACGACAAGACCAACAAGAACCUGUGGAACCCCUGCAUGCAUCUGUGUAAUUACAGCAUCAACAAGUACCACACCGACUACAUCAAGUGUGAUGAUCCUAACGCGGGCAACAUCGGCCAUAAGUGGACGUUGUCAGCGCUGCUGCGUCAUCUCCGCAAGCAGGGCCGGAACACGGCGGCGCUGAUGGCGGCCAUCGAAGACCUCGUGGUCAAGUCCAUCCUGUCCUCCGCGCAGACCAUCACAACCGCCGCCAGGGUCUUCGUGCCCAAUGUGUUCAACUGCUUCGAACUAUUCGGAUACGAUAUAUUAGUGGACGACAUGCUCAAGCCGUGGCUCUUAGAGAUCAACUUAUCACCGAGCCUGGCGUGUGAGAGCCCGCUGGAUGCCCGCGUCAAGUCGGCCUUACUCGCUGAUACUCUCACUCUGGUGGGACUGCCGGCGGUUCCCAUGUCCAAGACUGAGCCUGCCUCGCAGAGCAACUCCCUCAAAAUGAGGAUUGGUGCGUGCCGGCGCGUGCACUCCGCGGAGAACGUGUGUGUCCGCAAUAAGGGCACGGGCGCGGGGGGUGUGACCGGCAUCGCCAAUCUGCUGACAGGGGAGGAGCUACGCAUCGUGCGCGCUGUGCGGGCGCAGUACGCGCGCCGCGGGGGCUUCGUCAGGAUAUUCCCCAGCCAGAACUCGUGGCAGAAAUACUCGCAGUACCUGGACCCGGUGACCGGUAUCGCCGUGUGCUCGACGUCGCUGAACAACAACGUGCCGUACAACGUGGUGCAACACAACUACAACCUGCUGGUCCACACACACGUGUUGCCGCACUUCCAACACGCCACGUGCGCUACCAGCCUCACCGACACGCCGCAGAGGUUGAAGCGAUACGAGGCUGUGUGCAUAGCGGGCGCUGCCCCCGCAGUACAAUUGACGUCUCCGGGUGAGGUUAGUGCUCCGCCCCGCGAUGCGCGACGCGCUAAGGAGCUUAUCAAGCAGCAACUCUCCGAAGGAAUGAAACUCACUAUGGGAGAAAGUCGUCGCGCGUUUGGGCUUUACUUGACGCACGUGUUGAAGCGCAUCUCGUGUCCGAGCAACGAGCUAGCGGUGCAACAUGCCGCGCUCAUACUGCGCUUCUUACGCUGCGCAUCAGUGUCCACACGGAUGCCGCAUAACAUCAAGGGCCCGUCCGCCAAGAUGUGCGACAAGGACCGCUGUGCCGUGAUCGCCAAGCAGCUCAACGACUUCCUGUACAUGUACUACCGGGAGACCGACCUCUACACCGACAGCGCCGACCGCCACGGCUGCGUCUCCAACAUACACUUCGCGCACUUCCUGUACUCCGCCAGCGAGGCGGACCUGGAGGACGUGCUGCUCCUGGUGCUGCGGUCAGACGGCUGGGUGGCCACCUUCCUGGGGGACUCUCGCAGUGCGCUGUGUGUGGACGCGCCGGCCGCCCGCCUGGCGCUCACCAGCCGGCACACACUGCUCAAGCACCUGGCCAGCGUGGCGCCCAUCAACUGCAGGAAGUACAGGCCUGUGUUGGAGUCGAACAGCCGGCCUAACUCCGCAGGUGGUCCGUCGGAGGGCUCUGAGACUUCGCCCCCGCCGCCGCCCUACGCUACCUCAGAUAUAGUACUUAAAGACUCAUUAAAAGAAGAAAAGCCUCAUAACAUAGCAAUUAAGUAUGCGAGAUCGUAACAUAAAAUAUAUAUCUAGAAAUGUAACACAAAGUAGUAAAAAUUAAAAUCACCUCAAGUACUUAGAAAUAAUUUAAAAAAUUGCCAUUCAAACUAACGUCGGAAGUUCAGAUAUUUCAUUGUAAAAUAAGUAAUAUUCUGGCGACCUGCGCCCCAAGUAACCUCACAAAAAUCUUAAAAUUAAAUCUAUUUUAAGGGUUCACGGACAACCUACAUCCAGUAUGGCAACGUUAUUUGACCUGCUAUCAACAGGAAUUAAUAUUAAAAUUAUCGUUAUUUAAAAAAAUUGCACUUGAUAGUUUCAAUAUUAAUGCAUAAACUUAGGUGCUUAAUAUCCGAUAAUUUGGCCUCAAUUCAUAAAAGAAAAGUAUAACAUUUAAAACUUAACUGUGUACCUUAUAAAAUUUUACACAAAUAAAUUUCAAAAUGGCUGCCAUUGUGUAAACUGAUAUGUUGCAAGUUAUUAAAUUUUUAGAGCUUAUUUAAUAGUUACAAUUGAAACUAGUCUUAUGAAAUAGUUUCUUAUUUUUUCAAAUUAGUUCUAUUCACAGGUCAUUUCAUUAUUACUUAUUUACUGAAACCUUAAUGACGAGUUAUUAAACGAUAAGACCAAGAUUAGGUAGGGUUCACAUGGUUUUGGACUAAAUUAUUAAUAAAUAUGUGAUACCUGAGGAUGUAUUGGAGAGAUAAUGUUAGGGUGCUGAAUUGAUAGUAGUUAAAAGAGUUGUUCCAUUGCUAUUGCCAAAUAUUUUAAUAUUAGCUAGAUUGAGCAAAAUUCGUUCCCAUUUUGAGGGCGUUUGCUUGCGGGUUUGUUGAAACUGUUUACCUAAAUAUUGGAUAAGUUAAAAGAUACAUUUAAAUACACAUCGAGUGGGUAUCUGUUAUAACCACACUGAUAUGGGUAUAAGACAAUUAGUAACUAACUAUCUGAUAUGUAAAUUUAGUAAGAAGCCAGUGGAAAAAAUAACCUGCAAGUGAUGAGAAAGGGAUCCGAUUCAUCGGAUUGAAAGUGUUCUGCACAGACUAAACUCUUUGACGAAGGAUUACGUAAAUCUGCUAAACUAGCGCUAGGCGAUGACAGUUUUGAUACAAUAGAGACAUAGCAUUUUAUACCGAUUUCUUUUCUUUUUUUAAAUUGCCGGUCAUUUCGUAACAAUAUAGAAUUCGAGAAAAUAAGUAUCUGGCCCUUUAAUAUUUUUUGUUAGAACAAACGUCAAAAAUUGAACAAAUGUCAAAAUAUCGAUGUAAUGAGCAUAAUGACAUUACUAAUGAAUCAAGGAAUAAAUGGAAUUAACAAACAAUAUAUGAUAAAAAUAUUCUAAGACUGACUCAGUUCUGAUUUAAAUAUUGAGAUUAAAAAGAUAUUCAAUAAAAUAAAAGUAUAAAAUACGGCAGCCGGCAAUGUUGACUCAAAUAUUAAUGACGUCACGCAUCAAUUAUCAUCAUCACGUGACUUGCAAAGUUGGUCCUCAUACACUCAUUUCCGUAAAAUAAUAUUAAUUUCGAUUGUAUAUUAUUUUUUUGCUAAUAUAAAGUUAUUGUUUUGAAAUUAAUGACGACACUGUAAUGGGCGGGGUGUGUCAAUUACCAUCAGCUGAACGUCCUGCUCGCGUCGUCCCUUAUUUUCAUAAAAAAAAUACAUUGAAAUCAAAAAUCUGUCGUCAUGGCGCCUAUUGUCUAAGUAAAUUUUACCUCCUUCUUAAGUUUUAUUAUGCAAGUAUCGAUGAAUGUAAAAGGUUUUGUCAGUCGCUUUUCCUUUACAGUAAUGGUUUACCUACAACAUUAGAAAGAGUAAACAGAGCACUUUAUCCGUCACUAAAAUAAUAUGAUUAAUUAAUUUUGUCAAUUCCUCCUGUGAGAAAUGGGAAUUGCAAAUAAUACCAUAUUUCUUGUAAUUCUAGGUAAUAUCGAAAAUAUAAUAAUUUAUGAACUUGAUGUUCUAGUAGCUGUUCCCCAUAUAAUGUACUCUGAAUCAGAUCCAAAUUGGAGAAACAAAUUACCUGUCAUUGAAUUCUCUCAAUAUUAAGUUCUCUUUGGUAUUAUAUACCUACAUGUUGUAAGACAGAGUCAAAUUUUUUGUAUUAUCUGUGUAGUUAGUUAAAUUUGGGAAUGGCCAUUACUUAGUGUGACUAAUAGUUCAUAAAUUUCAGACUGAACUAGCUCGUAAUGUAUGAUCACAUAGCAAACUUGAAAUACACAAAUAAAAUUUGAAAAACAAAAUUUUAUGAACGAUGCGGGAUUCGAACCUACGACCUCCGGCGUUCCGUGCCGGAGCUCUAACCAAUUGAGCUAACCGUUCGAGUACCGCCUCGUUAUAAAAUUCUGUUUGCUUUGUUCAACUCUCAGGUUGUGGCUUCAUCCCGCAUCGUUCAUAAAAUUUUGUUUUUAAAAAUUUUAUUUGUGUAUUAAUCCUAGAAGUGAGGGUUAUCACUUUAAAAACAUAAUAUAUUGUUUAAACUUUAAAUAUUGAAUCUCUUCUCAAUGUGUUUUUGUGCUUAAUUAAUGUAGAAUAAGUAUUAUUUAUUUGAAUCGAUGCUAGUCGCUCCUGAUUUUAGUAAAAAUCUCUAAUCAAAUUUAAGUAGCAGAAAAUAUAUUCUCAAUGUUUUUAAUUUAUUUAUGGAUUGUUAUUUUAAUAUAAGAAUAAUUUCAGAAGAUGUGAUUGAACACUGUAUCAAUAGUCAUUUAAUAUUGUUUGAAUUACUUAACUAGUUUAGAUUAUUUUGUUUGUAAUAUUAAAUUCGCCAAUUACUCAUUAGAAACCAAAUUAUUCGUUGGCAGCCAAGCUGGUUUUUAAUUUUAUGUAGUUUUAAUAUAUUUUUUGUACGGGUUAUGAUUUAUGGUGAUUUUUGAUUUGAUUGGUGCCAUGACUGGUAAGCUUUGAAAAUUAUUAUUAUUGUUAGUGUAAUUUAGUUUCCCAAAUAUGUUCUAAUUCUAAUUGUCUUGACACCGAUGGUGAAAAUGGUGCUUUGAGGGCAGAACAGUGUUCCCAUUUUGCUUCAUUUUCUAGUUUUUAAAUAAAUAUAUAAUAACUACUCCAGGAAUAAAUAAACUGAAGGUAAGACAUAUACAGCUUCCCUGUCUUAUGGUUUUAUAGAGAAUUAACAGGCUAGCGAAACUCAUUGAUAGAUUGACAGAUGACUAUAAUCUUGUAAAAAAGUAGAUAGCCGAAAUCCACAACGUUAUAAGCAACUGUUCGUUUUCAAACUUAGCCGGAUUAUACUUCGUGCCCAAUCACCAUACUGUAAUUACUACUAUUUACAUCCUCUCAUUAAGCCUCGUUAUCAUCUCUUAUUACGUAGUAUUUAUAUCCUCUUUGAGAAUUAACAUUAAACGCUGACUCAUUUGACAUUGACAGGGUGAUGUGACAUUACUCUUCAUAACAGCUACAAUCGUUCAUUCUAAGUCGCGCACAAUCAAAAUAGUAUGGGACCUUGUGAGAUUUACUUUGUGAAGUGAAAACUCUCGUGCAGCGUUAGCAAAGAUAAAAUAACAGAACUCCAUACUGACAAACAUCCCACCGCGAUGUGAGCUUGCUUUUCCGAAGCUACGGUACAUACCGUAGCUUUAUUUAAAAAAAUUGCACUUAAUAGUUUUAAUAUUAAUGCAUAAACUUAGGUGCUUAAUACUUUUAAUCUAACGAGGUGGCCGCCCAGACGGAACUGACACCCAUCGUGCCUCGCUAAAGGUACACCCUAUUCUGAUUGGCGCGUUAUGUACUAUGUGAGUUUACGGCUAGCUUUUUGGGAUCUUUCUAGAGCUUAAUUGAAUAAAGUCCUGUAUCAAUAGCUAUUAUUAUAUAACUUGGUAUGGUGAAUUCUAGAAAUCUAGCGAGCAAUUUUAAAAUCAACUGUAAAAAUAUUUUUCCAAUAUGAUGAAUUAAAGUAUUAUUUUUC